AUGACUCGCCCUCCCGUGCUCAUUGUGGGCAGCGGGCCUUCGGGUCUCGUGCUGGCAUCAUGGUUGAGAAAGCAGAACGUGGAGCUGCGGAUAAUUGACAAAGGAAAAUUCAAAGCCUCCAAUUCACGCGCCAUCGUCAUGCACCCCCGCACGCUCGAAUUAUACCACAAACUAGGCUUAACGGACGCAGUGCUUGCCGGGGGCAAGAAAGCCUUAGCAGCAAACGUCUGGGUGCAAGGGAAACACAGGGCGCGGAUCCCCAUUAGUGAUGUUGGGCGAGGAGUCACUCCUCACCCAUUCGUCUUCAUAUACCCCCAGGACUCGCAUGAAAAGUUGCUGGAGGAGAAGCUGCUAGAGGCUGGUGUCACGGUUGAGCGGAAUACGGAAUUGGUAGAUUUCACCGACCAUGGAGAUUACGUCUCGUACAAUCUCCGUCACAAUGACACCCUGGAAAUGGAAGAGAAUUGCGAAGCACUCUAUAUUGUCGGCUGUGAUGGUGCGUCGUCCACAGUGCGUCGGGGGAUUGACAUCAGUUUCCCCGGCGGGACCUACGAGCAGCUAUUCUACGUCGCGGACAUCGAAGCAAAGGGACCCGUCGUCAAUGGGGAGGUUAACGUCAGUAUCCACUCGUCUGAUUUCUUCCUCGUAUUUGCCUACGACGAAACCUCGCGUGUGCGAGUUGUGGGGAUCGUCAACGACAAACCGGACGUCCCUUCUGAAACACUCACGUUUGAAGAUGUAUCUGGCGCCGCCAUGGACGCGUUGAAGAUCAGGGUAGAAAAUGUGAACUGGUUCUCCACAUAUCGCGUGCACCACCGCGUGGCAAACCACUUUCGCAUUGGUCGGGCUUUCCUUGUCGGUGAUGCUGGACACAUCCACAGCCCGUUGGGCGGGCAAGGAAUGAAUACGGGAAUUGGCGAUGCUAUCAACCUGGCUUGGAAAUUGGCAGCGGUGGUGAAAGGCCAGGCAGAGGAGUCACUGCUCGACAGUUAUGAGGCAGAGCGUAUUCCGUUUGCGCGCACAUUGAUAAAAAGAACCGACCAGGGCUUUUCCAUGUCGACGGCCAAGGGGCGCUUUGCGGAUCUCUUCCGCACGUACCUCCUUCCGUUGAUUCUCCCGAUCGUGCCGCGGAUACCCGGAGCUCUGAAGUAUUUAUUCAAAAUUGUAUCACAAACGCAGAUCACCUACCGCGGAACAGAAUGGGUAGGGGGUGUCGCUGGCUGGGUGCAUGGCGGCGACCGUCUUCCUUAUACGACUGCGAACGGCGUUGACAACUUUGCAACUCUGUCAGCAAUCGCUUGGCAGGUGCACGUCUACGGCAUCCCGAAGGACGGGAUGAUUGAGUGGUGCGAAGAAAAGGAGAUUGUGCUGAAUGUUUUCGACUGGAUGCCAGAGUAUGGAAACCUAGGCUUUGCUCGAGAUGGUGCAUAUCUCAUGCGCCCAGAUAGCUAUGUUGCCUUUGCGAAUUCGUCUGGGCUGCCAGUGGAGUUUGACCAUUUCCUUUCAGCCUCUGCGAUCCACAGCCUGUCAACGUGA